UUUGUUUUUAGAUAAAAAGUGAAAAAGCUCGAAAAAUGCUUUUUCAAAGUCAAGAAAUCAAAAAUUUAAGUUUUUAACAAAUCUCGAUUUGCAACGGAAAUAACAAAAAAUAUUAUUUUGAAUCAAAUGUCUGCCAAUAUUAUAGAUGUAUGUGAUUUGCGUGUAAACGUCACUGAUGAGGGAGUGGUGGACUUUCAGGAUGAUUAUGAUCUCAAGUUCAGUAGUGUCCUGGACAAAAAGAAAAAGAAAAUAAGUCGACGCUACGAGGACCCUCACGAAGAGCAUUCCUCAAUGUUUGGGAAUGACUUGCUCCUGUACAAUCCUUCCUCAGAAAAAUCAUCUUCAUCUGCCUCUCCAGCAAACAGACCUGCCAACUGGCUGGCAUGCUCAUGCUUGCCACAUAGCCAGAAACAGUUAGUGAACAGAGACAUUUGUAAUCUGGGCAUCGUCAACAUCUGCAGACUACCAACGAUAAGACUGCAGAGUGACUUUGAGUAUGUGUGGAAACAAUGGAUCAACAAACAUCACCCAAACGUUAACUCAAUCGUUCUGCAGCAUAAAAACUUAGCAAGAGCUAUCGACAAGUCCAUUGAAAUGUACCACAGAGAUGAAGAUGACAGAGAUAAUAUUCAUAAAAAGUAUGAGAAAAAAGCAGCCGGCCUAAUAGACAAGAUGGCAUCGUCAUUUUCUAUUUGCAUCAUCAGGUUUACGGGUUGGUUUCUGUUUAAGCUGUUGAGGACGUUGUUCACUUCAGUCAUGGCUCACAAGGGGCAGAUGGGUGUGCUGCACAGGAUUGCCAAGAGGAACAAGCCCAUCAUUUUGCUGCCGACGCACAAGAGCCACCUCGACUACAUCAUCCUCUCCUUCCUGCUCUUCAACUUCUAUAUCAAGCUACCACACGUUGCUGCCGGGGACAAUCUCACACUGCCACUUUUCAGGUUUUUGAUGAGAUCACUUGGUGGCUUCUUCAUAAGGAGGAAGAUGGAUGAUGAGGAUGACCGGAAGGAUUAUUUGUACAGAGCCCUGAUCUGCACUGCAGUACAUGAAUGAGCUGUUGAAGAUGAACGAAAUAGUGGAGUUCUACAUCGAAGGGGGCAGGUCAAGAAGUGGAAAAGUGUUGACGCCAAAAACUGGACUUUUGUCCAUUGUUGUUGAUGCUUAUCUGCAAGGUCUUAUCGAUGAUUGCUACAUUGUCCCUAUCUCUUUGUGCUACGAAAAGCUGGUUGAAGGAGAUUUUGUUCAUGAGCAGAUGGGGGGCGGGAAGGAGAAGGAAACGUUCACAAGCGCCUUGCUGGCGGUCUUCAAGUGUCUCCAGCAUUCUCACGGCUCCGUCAGGGUUGAUGUCGCUCAGCCGUUUUCAUUGAAGGAGUUUGUCGAGAAUUAUAAACUGAGGCUGGAUAGUUGUGAUGGAGAUGUGAAUGACGACGAGGAAAACUAUUACAGUGGCAGGAAAAAAGUUCUGAAAGCUUCUGGCGAUUGCAUCAAUAGCAGUGAUAAUUGUGAGCUGAGUGGCGUCAACCUUAAUGCUUACGAUAAGGAUGACGCUAACAUUAGAUCUCUAGUUUACGAUUUGGCUCAGCACAUAUCGCAUGAUCAAUGCAGGAUACAUUCGGUAUCGUCCACACACCUUUUAACUUUUGUCCUUCUCAUCAGCAACAAAAAGAGCAUAAAUCUGGAUGAAUGCGUGAAAAAGUUUUCUGAAUACAAGGAGUAUUUAUUGGACCUUGGUCACUGCAUGAGUUUCUCUGGCGACGACGGAGACGUUGUACUGCACGCUGUCCAUCUGCUCGGCUUGCAUCUUCUCCAGUUUAUUGGGGAUAUCAACAGUGGCGUCAUCAGCAUAAACAGCUCAACGGAGACCCACAUUGAACUUUCAUAUUACGCCAGCACAGUCAUCAUGCUUCUUGCUUCUCAGUGUGUUCUUGCGCACGUCAUAUGUCUAGUUGGUAGGCAAAAUGUAAUGAACGUGCCGACAGAUAGUGAGGUCAUUCAAUUUAAUAAGGACGAAGUAUUGGAAGAGGCUACUCUGAUGGCAUCGCUUCUACAAAAUGAGUUCAUCUUCUUUGCUCCAUGCUCCAGUCUCGAAUCGUCCUUGAAAGCAACUUUCUCUAACAUGCUGAGCAAUGACUUCUUUCAUAAAAAAGCUGAAGAUUUUGAAGAGAUGGAAGAUGAACAAUCGACUAAGGAGAGAUGUAUGAGGAUGGCUAUGUAUUUGGAAGGGGAAGAGGAAUGUGAAUAUACUUACAAGGAAGAUCAUUUCGAAGUUUAUCAGGUGAACAACAUGAAAAUGGAACGGUUGCUCGAAUUAAAAAAAGCACUGAACCCUACAAUUGAAUGCUAUUGCGUAGUCGCCAUGAAUUUCAUUAAUCUCAUCAAUGAGGACGCCAUUGAAUCAGAAUUUAUAAAGAAUGUGAGAAACGACAUGUCACAAAGAUUGACACACAGGCAAUCAUUUUACGGUGAAAGCAUAAGUAUGGAAACAAUGAAUAACUCGUUGAAAACCUAUGAGCGACUGAACGUCGUCAGAAGAUACAAAGCAGCCAACCUUAGAUUUAUUGGAUUGGUUAAUGAUUUUACAAACCACAAAGUGCUCUGCAAUUUUAUUCAACAUAUUCAGUCCUUUCUAUUGUGAUAAUUUUUCAGAUUUAAACAAAUAUAUUUAAAAAUCGUAUGUUGGCUCGUUUAAUCAACCCACAAUAUAGUUAAAAAAAUUUAAUGAAAAUUGCAAAUCAACAACUGUCCUAAGUAAACAUGAAACAAGCUUAUAAAAGUUAUUAAAAGGAUGGGUUGAAGUUCAUUUGGUUGGGUAAUAAUGGCGGCCUGUUGAAAGGGGUCAUCUGGUUUGGGGGCAUGAACAUUGGACCAGCAAACAUGCCUGGUGUGUUGCUGAGAACUGUUGGUGGCACCAUAGGGGGAUUGCUCGGCAUUUGUGGAGGCGCCUGCGGAGCAGCUUGUGGAAGCUUCUUUACUUCAAUAUUUGUAUUCAAUUGAUAUUUUGGCAUCUUUGCCCGUAGUUCUUCCAAUGAAAGAUCGUCUUCUGGAUGAACCAAUUGACAAGUAGCUGUAGAAACAAAGUCAACUUUUGUCACUUCGUCAUCAUUAUCUUCAUCUUUCCUUUGGCUGUUAAUAGUUACAUUGUCGCUAGCUGCAAAUUGUUGAGCUGGUGGUUGAUGUGGGAAUGGGUGAUGCGGCACAGUUGCUGAUUUGUUGUCUGAUGAUGUUUCUACUGUUUCUAAAGCAGGUGCUGCACUGUUGUUAACGCCCUGAAUAUUGGCAGCAGCAGGGAAGAGCAUUUGAGUGGGAGGUGGUUGUGUGGUAACUGGUGGUCGUGGUGCUGGAGCAUUCAUAUUAAUUGGGGGAAACGGAGUGUUCGUAGAUGGAGGUAACUGCAUUGGCGGGAAAAUAGGAGGCAUCAUUUGCAAACCGAGUCUCAUGAACGGAACUUGUGAGAAUGGUAAUAUAGGAGGCAUUAUUGGAGGAAUCAUAGGGGGCAUUACUCCUGGGGGCAUUAUGCCGCCUGCUUGAGGAGCUGGUGGCUGCACUGAUGAUGAUGAUGUUGAUGAUGACCUGUCAUCCUCACUUUCUGAAUCUUUGUCAUUGGAUCCUGUAUCUGCAUCAUUUCCUCCUCUGUUGUUCUUCCUGCGUUCAUGUUCCUUCAUAUCCUCUUCAGGUAUUCCUUCAAUGCCAUAAAUUUCUAGCUGAGUGUUGUUACGAUUGGGUAGUGCAUUUGGGAUUUUAUCUAUAGGCUCUUUGUGCACCUGCAUACAAUGAAUUGCCAAACCUGGUCCCGUGUACAGCCUUCUGUGGCAUAUGUGACACUUAAAAUGUUUCGCUUUCUGAUGCUGUAUUAAUAUCUUUUCAUCAUCAAAUUCUCUGUUACAGUACCAGCACCACGGUUUCAUUUGCUUCUUCUUCUUUCGACCCAUAAUAACAAUUUAAAACUGAAUUUGAAGCUUAUAAUAUAAGUUAAUUCAACACGCCAGCACUUGAAAACAAAUUUGAUCCGUCGCAACGAAUCAACCUAACGCCAUUAAUAUUGCAAA